AUUCUCAGCUGAUCUCAAAUUUAACUAAAACCAGAACUUCCCUCCUCUCUCCUCCGACAAAAUGCUGUCUUUCUUUCACAUUAAUCGAAGCCAUUGAAAUCCACCUGCAAAAUGAAACAUGGGCAAAACCUCCAGAUGGCUCCGUUCGCUUCUGGGCUCCAAAAACUCCCCUUCCUCAGCCUUCCCUGAAUCGUCAUCACCUUCUUCAUCUUCUUCAACCAAAGAUAAGAAGAAAACCAUAUCCAGCUCCAAAUCGGGUCUCAUCAAAUCUUCCAUUUCCUCCAAUUAUGACAACAAGGCCUUAAAUGCUGCUGGUGGUGGCCUCAGAUGGUCCUACGACGACCCUUCUUCCAGCCCCUAUGCAGAAUUGGACGCAAACAAACACGCCAUAGCCGUAGCGGCUGCCACCGCCGCCGUCGCCGAGGCUGCUCUUGCUGCCGCCCAGGCAGCUGCAGAGGUCGUCAGGCUGACUAGUGCCAGCACGUCUGCUGGUGGGACUAGAACUGUUUCCUUCACUCCUCAGGGCAGCAGCGGCAGAGACUGGCGGCAAGAAGUGGCGGCUGUUAAGAUUCAGUCGGCUUUCAGAGCUUACCUGGCUAGGAGAGCACUAAGGGCCCUUAAGGGAUUGGUAAAACUUCAAGCUCUAGUCAGAGGUCACAUCGUCAGAAAGCAAAGUGCAGACAUGCUCCGCCGAAUGCAGGCAAUGGCUCGAAUACAAGCUCGAGCAUCUGCUACUAGGGCUAACACUUCGGACUCCUCCCAUGCUCACAUGAAGGCCUCCCAGCAUUGCCAUGCUGAUACUCCAGCACCCAAAAAGCAUGACAUUCCACAGCGUUCUUACAGUACCAAACACGAAGGACCAGAGCUGAAGAGAUGGGUUUCAAAACCAAACAUCAGCAACAGUAUCAAAGUUGAGGGAUUGCAUUUGGGUUCCAGUUGGUUAGAUCGCUGGAUGGAAGAAUGUACAUGGAACAACCAGAAUGGUUCCUGCUUAAACAAUGUGUCCCGUGACGACGAGAAAAGCAUCAAGAUACUUGAAAUAGACACUUGGAAGCCACAUCAUAACCCAAGACAAAGUGAGAAGAUCUUCCAGGCUUCACAGGGUUUUCGGGCGUGGAAUGACAAUGGGCAGAGCGUUACAACAUUUGAUCCCAUAUCCGGACUUGCAACAAAGCUUGAGAAACCAAAUCCAAGUGUAUCUUCUGGGGAAGUUCCAAAUUUAAGGUCACUAAAAUUCCAUCCACAAGAGGAACACGUACUUGCAUGGACUGCUGAUAACAGCCCAUGUCUACACUCUGCAUCUUCUAGACCUGGCACUAGCAGCAGAAGAGGUCCCUUUACUCCCUCAAGGAGCGAGUGUUCUAGGAGCGUGUACGGUGACUACUUGAGUCACCCCAGUUACAUGGCUAAUACGGAGUCAUCUCUUGCUAAAGUCAGGUCACAAAGUGCCCCCAGACAAAGGACACAGUAUGAGAGACUUGGGGCGAAUUGGAAGUUUGUUCCCAGUCUUUGGGAUGCAGAAACCGUUUCUGAGAGAGGUACCCCACACUCUAAUCUCAGGAGCAAAGCCUACCAUAGCUCUGGUUUGGAUAGAGUAGGGAUGCGAGUCCACGGUGAUAAUGUGGACUUCAGUGCUACUUAUCGUAGUAGGCGCUAAUACCUGCUAUUUUAUCUCGACUGUGAUAAUGCCAUGCCGUUGGGCAUCUGAUGACGGUUGUAUUCUAUCAUGCAAAUGGUUUUUAAUCAAACUCCGCACGAGGACACUGGUGUGGUCAUAACUAGACCUGCAUCCAAGGCAGUGUGAAAUUGUAGUUUGCUGUUGCCUUGUUGGAUGGUUGGUUUGUAAUAUAAGACGCCUGUUGCUCGUAAACAUGUCAAAAACAUAAAAAGAUUGAAGGAACACGAGGCUUGUGUGUGUUUAGCAGAGCUAACUGCAUAGAUGCUGCUAAGUUGAUUGGUUUAGAACUCUUCACAUUGCAUUAUGAUGUUGAUGCAUCACAUUGAGAAUAAGCUAUCACUUUGCGGUUGAUUGAAUG